AUGCCUUCGUUAGAAACACCAAAGAAGAUCCGCAUCUCUAUCGACCGCGGCGGCACCUUUACCGACUGCGUUGCUUCUGUGCCGGGCAGGGAAGACAUCGUGAUCAAGUUGCUCUCGGUUGACCCGGAGAACUACAAGGAUGCUCCCUCGGAAGCCAUCAGACGAGUGCUCGAGCUCGCAACGGGAAAGAGCUUUCCCAAGGGCCAGAAGAUCUCGCUGGCGGACGUCGAAUCCAUAAAGAUGGGCACAACCGUGGCCACCAACGCGCUGCUGGAGAGGAAUGGCGAGCGUACCGUGUUCUGCGUGUCUGAAGGCCUCAAGGACCUGCUACACAUCGGAAACCAGUCAAGACCCCGCCUCUUCGAUCUGGCAAUCAACAGGCCCGAAGUUCUCUACUCGGACGUCAUUGAAGUUUCGGAGAGAGUGACUCUGGAGGAUUGGACAGAACGGAGGGACAGCGCGCAGAUCGAUACCACCGGACUCAUUCAAGGCGUGACCGGGGAGUGGCUGCGGGUGUUGAAGCCUCUUGAUGUUACCAAGAUCCGGGAAGACCUGCGCGCGGCGUACGAGCAGGGCUACCGCUCCGUGGCAGUGUGCCUCAUGCACUCAUACACAUUCCCCGACCACGAAAGGGUGAUUGGCGAGAUUGCGGAAGAGAUUGGCUUCAGCCAGAUCUCGCUGUCGUCCGUGGCAGCGCCGUCGAUCAAGAUUGUCCCGAGAGGGCACGCAGCCGUUGCAGAUGCUUACCUGACGCCCGAAAUCAAGAAGUACAUAGAUGGGUUUGUGUCAGGGUUCGAAGAUCUGGAGAACUGCGAUUGCCGGUGCGAGUUCAUGCAGAGUGACGGUGGACUGGUUGAGUUCAAGAGAUUAUCAGGCUUGCGGGCAGUACUAUCAGGCCCGGCAGGUGGAGUCGUCGGUUACGCACGAACUUGCUACGACGAGACUGACAAGACUCCGUUGAUCGGCUUCGACAUGGGAGGUACGAGCACCGACGUUUCCCGAUUCGCAGGCGAGCUGGAGCAUGUGUUUGAAACCACGACUGCUGGUGUAAUCAUCUCGACUCCCCAGCUGGAUAUCAACACGGUGGCGGCCGGAGGUGGAAGCAUUCUGUCCUGGAGGAACGGCCUUUUCAACGUCGGGCCCGAGAGUGCAAGCAGUCAUCCCGGCCCAGCAUGCUACCGGAAAGGAGGACCCCUCACCAUCACUGAUGCGAACCUGGUCCUUGGAAGGAUCAACCCCGACUCCUUCCCCCACAUCUUCGGACCCAAUGCAGACGAGCCGCUCGACAUUUCAGCAAGCCGCAAGCUCUUCGACGAGAUGACGGCCAAAAUCAACAGCGAAGUAGACGUCAAGUUGACAAUGGAGGAAGUCGCCGCAGGCUUCCUCAGCGUCGCCAACGAAUCCAUGUGCCGCCCAAUCCGCAUCCUCACCGAAGCCAAAGGCCACGACAGCAGCCUGCACAACCUCGCCUCCUUCGGCGGCGCAGGCGGACAACACGCGUGCGCGCUCGCCGCCGCGCUGGGCAUCCGGCGCGUGUUGAUCCACAAGUACUCGUCCAUCCUGUCGGCGUACGGCAUGGCGCUCGCCGACGUCGUGCACGAGGAAAGGCAACCCGCCGCGCUGCAGUACAGCGCCGCGACGAUGCCUGCCAUCUCCGAGGCGCUCGAGCGGCUGGCGACGAAGGCUGAGGACGUGCUGAUCGGGCAGAGCAUCGCGCCGGCGCGGAUAGCGACGGAAAGGUAUCUGAGUCUGCGGUUUCAUGGGAGUGAUACCGCGAUUAUGGUUCAGCAGCGGGAGGGCGGGGAUACGCUGAAGGCGUUCAAGGACGCGCAUCAGCAGGAGUUUGGCUUCAUUCCUGAGGGCCGGGCUGUCAUCGUCGACGAUUUCCGCGUAAGGUCGAUCGGCAAGAGCCCGAUUGAGCUGUCGUCGUCGUCGACAACCGGCAAGGCGGUGGCGGGCAGCCAGACGGCAGCACCAGCACCAGCAGCGACGAGCCUGCGACCCGUCUACUUCGAGCAGCGCGGCUGGGUCGACACGCCCAUAUACCGUCUUUCAGACCUCGACGCCGGCAGCACCGUCGCGGGCCCCGCCCUCAUCCUCGACAACACGCAAACCAUCGUCGUCACGCCCGCCGCCACCGCCACCGCCGGCGCCGACAAAAUCACCAUCGACCUGCACUCCAGCGAGAAGUCCCGCAUCUCCAGCACACAGGCCGACCCGGUCCAGCUCUCCAUCUUCGCGCACCGCUUCAUGGGCGUGGCGGAGCAGAUGGGCCGCGCGCUGCAGCGCACCAGCGUGUCGACCAACAUCAAGGAGCGCCUCGACUUCAGCUGCACCGUCUUCUCGCCCGACGGCGGGCUCGUCGCCAACGCGCCGCACGUCCCCGCCAUGAUCGGCAGCAUGGCGUACGCCGUCAAAUGGCAGAUCGAGCGCUGGGGGAGUGACUUGGCGCCGGGGGAUGUGAUUUUGUCGAAUAGCCCCAUCGCGGGCGGCACGCAUCUGCCGGAUUUGACGGUUAUUACCCCCGUGUUUGAUAGCAGCGGCGAGAAGAUCAUCUUCUGGACGGCGUCGCGCGGACACCAUGCGGAUGUCGGCGGCGUGCUGCCGGGCUCGAUGCCGCCGAAUUCGCGGGAGCUGUGGGAGGAGGGCGCUGUGAUUGAGGCGUUCAAGGUCGUGCAGGGCGGGCAGUUCAAGGAGGAGGAGCUGACGGCGCUGCUCAUGGCGCCCGGGAAGAUUGAGGGCUCGAGCGGGACGAGGUGUUUGAAGGAUAACAUCUCGGACAUCAAGGCGCAGGUGGCGGCGAACCACCGCGGCGCGCAGCUCAUCCGCGCGCUGUACGACGACUAUGGAAGAGAUGUGGUCAACUUCUACAUGGGCGAGGUGCAGGGCGCGGCGGAGCUGGCCGUGCGCGAGCUGCUGAAGGACGUGUAUAGGAAGUUUGAGGGGAAGAGCCUCGAGGCGACGGACUAUAUGGAUGACGGGACGCCGAUUAAGCUCAAGGUCACGAUCGACGGCGAGACGGGCGACGCUGUGUUCGACUUCACCGGCACCGGGCCGGAAGCCUACGGCAACUGGAACGCCCCCAUCGCCAUCACCCACUCCGCCAUCAUCUUCUCCCUCCGCUGCUUCGUCACCCACGACAUCCCCCUCAACCAAGGCUGCAUCCGACCCAUCACCGUCGCCGUCCCCGACGCGUGCCUGCUCAAACCCGGCCCCGAAGCCGCCUGCUGCGCCGGCAACGUCCUCACCUCGCAGCGCAUCGUCGAUGUCAUCUUCCGCGCCUUCGCCGCGUGCGCCGCGUCGCAGGGCUGCAUGAACAACCUCACCUUCGGCAUCGACAACGACCCGGAGCGCGGGUUCGGCUACUACGAGACGAUUUGCGGCGGCAGUGGGGCCGGCCCCUGGGGGGAUGGGACGAGCGGCGUGCAUACGAAUAUGACGAAUACAAGGAUUACGGAUCCGGAGGUGUUGGAGAGGAGGUAUCCGGUUGUGUUGAGAAGGUUUUGUUUGAGGGGGGGGAGUGGGGGGGUGGGCGAGUAUAAUGGGGGUGAUGGGAUUGUGAGGGAUGUGGAGUUUUCGGUGCCGAUGAAGGUGUCGAUUUUGAGUGAGAGGAGGGUUGUGGCGCCGUAUGGGUUGCAUGGGGGGAGCGAGGGGGAGAGGGGCCAGAAUUUGUGGGUUAAGGCGAGUGGGCGUGUGAUUAAUCUGGGUGGUAAGAAUACUGCUAGUAUGGGGAAGGGGGACAGGAUUGUCAUUCAGACGCCUGGCGGUGGUGGAUGGGGCUCUCCUGCGGCGAGGAAGGCGAAGGUUCCGCAUGGCAAUGGAUGCGGUCGGGAGUUUGUCGGGGUCGGGAAUGGGAGUGUGGAUAUCAUUUCCAGUAUGGGACAGUCAGCGUAA